GCGCGGUUCAGUCAGACUGAGGGGAGAGAAAGACCGAGACCGGAACCGGAAACCGAAAGAGUAACUGAGAGAACGGAGCAGUCAGCGGGGUUGUUGACAGUGUAAUCCUCGUUUGUUUUGCAGCGGGGAGGCGCCGCGGGCCGUGUCCAUCACCUGGUCCUUUUCAGCAAAAGAGACAGAAGAGAUGUCGGGCUACGCGAUCAAGUGGACUAAGGAGGACAUGAGUUCACAACAGUUCUCUCGUCAAGGGGCUCCCAUUCAUUCACCACAGCUUAUAGGUGGUGGAACGACCUUGGGUCAGAAUCUUCAAGGGACAGGUAGUAUCCAUAAGACGUGUGGUGAUGAGCCUUUACGGGAAAUGGAGGGUCAGCCACGUGACAUGCUUACAGCAAAUACAGUUCUUCCCCCAAGGGAUGACAAACAAGAAGCUGUGGUGGUCCGGCCAUACCCACAGUUACAGAUGGUUCCAAACCACUCAGCAAGUCCUCUGACUAUGACAGCUCAGUCUGCUCAUCUCCCAAAUGUUCCAUUGACGUUCUCUGAGAAUAUCCUAAAGCAGCCUUUGAAGCCAACUAUUCCCAGCAGACCAAUUGCUCCAGCACCUCCCUCUGCCCUUUCUGCUGUUCCAAAGGUUUCUGGGCCAGUCACAGUCACAAUGGAGAGUGGUCUUCCUCAGGCUUCAGCUAUCCCUGUAGCCACUAUUAGUGGGCAGCAGGGACACCCCAACAAUCUGCAUCACAUCAUGACUGCAACUAAUGUCCAGAUGUCUAUAAUCCGCAGCGGCGCUCCGGGACCUCCUCUGCAUAUUGGAGCCUCCCAUCUGCCGAGAGGAGCUGCUGCAGCUGCUGUGAUGUCCAGCUCCAAAGUGACUACGGUUUUAAGACCAGCCUCUAAUCAGAUGCCCUCUGCGCCUACUGCACAGUCGGUAGCGCAGCACAUCAUCCACCCCCCUAUACAGUCUCGCCCUCCAGUAACCACAGCGACUUCAGUCACCCCUGCUGUAGUGGCCACAGUGUCUGCUACCCGAGCGCAGUCCCCAGUUAUCACCACCACUCCAGCACAUGCUGCAGAACCAGUUUUAAGACCAACACUGUCAAUUCAGCAGCACCCUCCUCCUGCAACAAUCAGCAUUCAGAGACCUGCCCAGGUUCGUGAUACUGGAACACGCAUUACAUUGCCCACACAUCCUGCUUUAGGACCUCAGAAACAACAGUUGCAUGCCAUGGCACAGAAGACUCUCUUUGGCACUGGAAACCCAGUAGCUGCAGCAACCGUGGCUCCCAUUCUGGCAACAAACACUCUGCCGUCUGUAACAACAUCAGGGUCUGCUGCCCACACACAAGUUUCUACAAGCACCAUUGUUACCAUGACAAUGCCAUCUCACUCCUCCCAUGCUACAGCAGUGACCACUUCCAACAUUCCUGUAGCUAAGGUUGUUCCACAGCAAAUCUCCCACACUUCACCUCGAAUACAAUCAGAGUAUGGGCCUGAGAGAAGCAAUCUUAUCCCUAUUCCCGGUCACAGAUCCUCUCCCAAUCCCAUGGCCAUGGAGGCACGGAGUGAAAAUAGACCACCUGUACCUGUGCAGUUACAGUAUUUUCUACCCACAUAUCCUCAAACUGGCUACCCGUUGGCUGCUCAUACCUACACACCUAUAACCAGUUCGGUAUCCACUAUUCGUCAAUACCCAGUUUCAGCUCAAGCUCCAAAUUCUGCCAUCACAGCCCAGUCAGUGGCUUCCACAGUCCAUUUGAACCCCAUGCAGCUGAUAAAUGUUGACACGUCACACACACGUCACAUACAAGGAAUUCAACCAGCACCAGUCAGUUCACAAGGGAUGCAGCCUACACCUUUCAGUACACAAGGCAUUCAAGCUACUCCAAUUGCUACCCAGGGUAUCCCUCCCCCUCCCAUCAGCAACCAAGGAAUGCAUCCAGCAGGAUCUAUCACUACUCAGGGUGUCCAGACAUCUUCAGUUAAUGCCCAACAAGCAUCAAGUGACCCAAAGCCUUCUGUCGUACUUGCAGAAGGGGCUACAAUAGUUGCCAAUCCCCUAAAUAGUGCUUUUACUACAGCAGCAGCAAGUGCUACAGUCAUGCAGGGUCACAAUCAAAGUCCAGGUAUUGGUAGUUCCCCAGCCCAGGGCUCCUCUCCACGGCCUAGCAUAUUGCGCAAGAAGCCUACCACUGAUGGGUUGUCUGUUCGAAAAAGCCUUAUUCCUCCUCAUCCAGGAGAUGCUGUGAGCCCUCGCCAUGACAGUGCUCUGCGCAGCACCUCUGCUUCUCCUCGACCUGCUGGUGCUAAACCUAAAGCUGAACUUCACAUCUCUGUGGCACCAGGAGUGACUGGGGAUCCAGGCACAGGUGGUGAGCAGCCGAGUGCAGCUGCAUCCCUCCCUUCUUCUCAUCAUCCUGCAGCUGCUGUACCCAGCCCUCCCUCUCAGCCUGUGCCUGGACCGCUCCCCAGCAGCAUUCAUGUCCCUCCAGCUGCUGUUCCUACCUUGUCAGCACCUCCACCUCUCCUGAGCAGUGCACCUUCUGGAACAGCUGUACAAGAGGCCAAAGUGAAGGAAGAAGUGGAGCCAAUGGACAUAGCAAGGCCAGUUUCAGCAGUGCCUCCACUGACGUCUGGAUCUAUCUCUUCCCCACUUGCUUUGUUAGCCAAUAACAUCUCUGUUACUGCUGGUGAAUUGCCACCAGGAGCUUCACCUCGUAAAAAGCCUCGCAAACAGCAGCAUAUUAUAUCUACAGAGGAAGGUGAUAUGAUGGAGACCAAUAGUACAGAUGAGGAGAAAUGUCACUCUGUAAAACCGCUCACAUCUCGCCCAGAGAAACGAAAGUCCCCACCUAAGGAGUAUAUAGAUGAAGAAGGUGUACGUUAUGUCCCAGUUAAACCUCGGCCCCCCAUUACUCUUCUCCGUCACUACCGUAAUCCUUGGAAAGCUGCCUAUCAUCAUUUUCAGCGUUACAGUGAUGUACGGGUCAAAGAAGAGAAGAAGUUGACGUUACAGGAGAUUGCCAACCAGAAGGGGAUUGCUUGUCGUGUACAAGGCUGGAAGACUCAUCUCUGUGCCGCUCAGCUUCUCCAAUUAACUAAACUAGAGCAAGAUGUGUUUGAUCGCUUAACUGUGCUACAAGAAGGUCUUAUUCCGAAAAAGAAAACUGCCACAGAUGAUGAUUUGCACAGGAUCAACGAACUUAUACAGGGUAACAUGCAGCGCUGUAAACUAGUGAUGGACCAGAUUACAGAAUCCCGGGACUGCAUGCUUAAAGUACUUGAUCACAAGGACCGUGUCCUAAAAUUACUAAACAAGAGUGGAGCAUCACGCAGGCUUUCAAAAGUGAAACACAAAGACAAAGUGUGAGCAGCGGACAGAUCACUUCCAGUUUCACCAAGACCAUUGCGUACUUGCAGGUGUUCAUUUUGGGCUGCUCUAGUGACAGCAGACCAUUCACCUAAAAUGUAUAUAUAUUUUUUUUUUUAAAAGGAAUGAACCUACUUGCGCUUUAUUCCUGUAUUCUUGGCCUGCUUCAGGACUGAUGGCUCUUUUUUUUUGUUUUGUUUUUUAUUUUUUUAUUUUUGGGACUCAAAAUACUUCCUCUGCCAUGAGGAAUCCUGUCAUUUAUUACCUGGUGCUGUGUAUUGGAACUGAUUUUUAGUGUGUGUGACACAUGCUUGUGUAUAGUGCUGUUUUCCCUUUAUGUGCACACACUUUAAAUGUGAUUCUUAUUAGUGGCUCCAUGUUUUGCAAGAGAUUUCAUUUUAAGGCGCCAUAUGUUGAAUUGCAGAGUCUGUUAUUGUGUUGCUGUAGAUUGAGUGCCCUGAUUAUUCAUGUCUGUGUUAAAAAAGAAAAACCCCACGUAUGUACAUACCCUCUACAUUUCAUUUUUAUGUAACUGCUUGCGCUUUCUUCUCUAUUUCUAUAAAUCUGUGCUGAACAAAA